GUUUUGUUAUGCUGCGCAGCAGGGAAGUUGGAGCGCAUCCUGCUCUCAGGCCAGAUAACACUCGCACUUCCCAGCACUGAAUGAGAAGGUGGGAAAUCAAAAGCGAACACGAAAAGGACACACUGCACCUACACUACAGUGGACCAACGCAUUUUUCCACCUGGCAAAUCUCUUGAUGGAACAAAUGUGGACUCAUCGGGAGAGGCUGAGCAGGGCAUGGCUUUAAGCAGACUCCUGCUGCUCUGUAUGGUAGCCUCUGAGGUGUGGGAUGCUGAUACUAAACCCAUAGACUUUGUGUGUAAUCGAACCGCCAGAAGGGUUUUGAAUAUUGUGGCAGAAAUGGAGAGAGCACUGAGUGACUGCAAUGCCAUCAUGACCCUUCCCACACCGGUUCAGCUGCCCUGCACGGAGCUUCAUGUAGCAUCUUGGGAAAACAAAUCAUACCAGGAGAGGAGAGGAGACAUCAUUGCAUCCUUGAGGCUUCUUAUUGAAGGUGUGAAGGUCAUGAGGGCCCUGAGUCAGCCAGGAUGUGGCAAUUCACUGCUGCAGAGAUUGGAGAACAACAUCAACAACUACCUGGUCAUUCUCACAAACCUUCAGCUGAGUGGGCCAGUGGUGACUCCAUCAUUGUCUUGUGUUCCUCAGAGGUCGCAGAGUCUGAGCACAGUCCUCCUGAGAUACAACCAGCUGAUCUCAGGCAAACUGGAGAAGCUCAUGAUUAAUCUGGAAGACAGAUGCACUCACAAGUGACACACUAACAACUUUGGUGGACCCAUUAUUCUUCACAAAUGAUGGGAUGGAUUAAACUUGGGAGCCCCAAGUCAAUAAAUUCCACCAGCGCAAAACAGCAGGAUUGAUCUGGACUUCCUCCUCACCCUGAUACUAUUAAAUCUUGUUAUUGACAGACUCACAUUUUAAGGGCAAAAAGCAGAAAUGUAUCUGCGAUGAUGAGCAUUGUGGACUUAUCUGAGGGAGGUAUUGUUGUAUCAUUCUAUAUAAAGCUAAGGAUGUGUUGAAUAGAAUUUUAGGCAUAUACGACCAAUACAAGCCUACAAUCUGCUGAAAGGCAAGUAGCUUUUCUUUUUACAUGUAGCUUGGAGGCAGCUUUCCCUUGUCUGCACUGUUUGCAAAUGUAUUGAAAUCCAAAUGAUUGUUCAAUGUUAAGAGAGCAAUCUUAUGGAUUAUCACAUGGCCAGAACAAAGAAAGUCUCUUGGUAUUUUUAGUUCAUGUUUUCACGAAAGAGUUGUUUUACUCCUUAUAAAAUUAGUGAUACAAUGUGGUUACAUUGCUUCAUUGCACUUCAAUUAAUAUACAUAAAGAAAAAACAUCACAUCAUACUUAUCAACAACACUUAAUACUUAAGAAUAAUGAAG